AUCAGCAGUGCUGCCCAGUCAGAAGCCAAAACCCCCUUUGGCCUUAUAAAGGGCCAUGCUUACUCUGUGACUGGCAUCGAUGAGGUGAGCUAUCGGGGCCGGCAAGUGCAGCUCAUAAGGAUAAGGAACCCCUGGGGACAGGUCGAGUGGAAUGGCCCUUGGAGUGACAACUCUCCGGAGUGGCGUUCAGUCAGCACGUUGGAGCAGAGACGCCUGUCUCAGGCAGCACUGGAUGAUGGAGAGUUCUGGAUGAAAUUUGAAGACUUCAAAGUGCAUUUUGAUAAAGUUGAGAUCUGCAACCUGACUCCAGAUGCCCUGGAAGACAGCACUGCCCACAAGUGGGAGGUGACCAUCCACCAGGGGAGCUGGGUCAGGGGAUCCACUGCAGGAGGAUGUAGAAACUUUCUAGAGACUUUCUGGACAAAUCCACAAAUCACGCUACAUUUGACAGAGAAAGACGAUGGACAAGAUGACUGCACAUUCAUAGCAGCACUCAUGCAAAAGGACCGCCGUAAACUCAAGAAGCUUGGCGCUGAGAUGCUAACCAUCGGCUACUCGAUUUAUGAGAGCCCCGGCAGAGACGGACACUUGGGCAAAGACUUCUUCAGGUACCAUCCCUCCAAGGCCAGGAGCAAAACCUACAUUAAUUUAAGGGAAGUAUCUAACCGCUUCAAGCUGCCGCCGGGCGAUUACAUUCUUGUUCCAACCACAUUUGAGCCUCACCAGGAGGCAGAUUUCUGCCUGAGGAUUUUCUCUGAGAAGAAGGCCAUCACUGAGGAUCUAGAUGAAAACGUUGCCGUUGAUCUCCCUGAGCCUCCAAACCCAACACCAAGCCCACAAGAAACUGAAGAAGAAAAACAGUUCCGGGCACUGUUUGAGCAGAUUUCAGGAAAGGACAUGGAGAUAGCUGCAGAAGAACUCGAAUAUGUUCUGAAUGCUGUAUUAAAAAGAACAAAGAACAUCAAAUUCAAGAACUUAAGUCUCAUUUCAUGCAGAAAUAUCAUUUCUCUUAUGGAUACCAAUGGCAAUGGGAAACUGGAAUUUAAUGAGUUCAAAGUUUUCUGGGAAAAAAUGAAGAAAUGGAUAAGUAUCUUUCUUCAAUUUGACUUUGAUAAAUCUGGCUCCAUGUCCUCCUAUGAGCUUCGCAGUGCUCUUAAAGCUGCAGGAUACCAACUCAACAACUACCUGCUGCAACUGAUUGUCCUCCGAUACUCUGACAAACAAUUCCAGAUUGAAUUUGAUGAUUUUCUGAACUGCUUAAUUCGCUUAGAGAAUGCAAGUCGAGUGUUCCAAGCACUGAGUGUGAAAAACAAGGAGUUCAUUAACCUGAAUAUAGGCGAGUUUAUCAACCUUGCAAUGAACAUCUGAAGAAGUCUGACCUGGAUGCCAGGAGUUUCUUGCAACAUUGCUGAUGAGACUUCUGCCCCAACAGCUGAGGUCCCCUUCACAUGCUAAUUUUACCAGGAGAUUUCAUGCAGAGGAACAUACAUGCUGCUCAUCCUUUCUGGUGUCCAGCCCUGUUGAUGAGUGCAACAGUCAGAUAACAUUUUGGUUUUAUUUUUGAUAAAGCUUUAUACUGGAUUUGUUACUGUGAGAGGCAUUUGGACGGGACACACAUGCCUCUCAAGCAGACUGAAACUGAUGUCCUUGAGUGACCAUAGGUUUUUAUGAAAUAGGAUUGUAUUUCGUUUCAGCACAGCACAGACUAUGGUGAUUAAAAGUCUUUAUUGCUGCUUGGCUACAGAUUACUGUAAGGUGCUUUUGAAAAUGUAAGGUUG